AUGCUCCCAGUAUCGAGAGGAUGGAGGUUCCCUUUGUCAGCUUGGAAGCUUCGUUCUCGAACCGCAACAUUUCGGCAAUAUGCCAAAGCAUCUACCAGCCUUCCAGGCAUCGCCCCCGAGGAAGCGCCACCCAUCAAGAUUCGUCUCCGCGAAUACCAAGAAGAAUGCAUCCAAGCGGUACUUACUCACCUUGAUCAAGGGCAUAAACGGUUGGGGAUCUCAUUGGCAACUGGAAGUGGGAAAACAGUCAUCUUUACCCAACUUAUUGAUCGCGUCAAGCCCCAUACCGAACUAGCAGACCAAACACUGAUUCUUGCUCAUCGAAAAGAGCUUGUCGAACAGGCUGCUCGACAUUGCAAAGAUGCAUAUCCUAUGAAGAAGAUUGAGGUCGAAAUGUCGUCAAUGCACGCAAGCGGAUCAGCCGAUAUCACUGUCGCUAGCAUACAAAGCAUUUUGUCUGGUGAUCGAAUAUUGAAAUUUAACCCGAAGCGGUUCAAGCUCGUCCUUGUUGAUGAAGCACAUCAUAUUGUAUCCGCAGGUUAUCUAAAGGCAAUGGAAUAUUUUGGACUAUCGAAAAAACAACCAGACUCGCCUGCUCUUGUUGGCGUUUCGGCCACCCUAUCACGAUUUGACGGGUUGAGAUUGGGCGCUGCUAUCGAUCAGAUUGUAUACCACAAGGAUUAUAUUGACAUGAUCGGAGACAAAUGGCUUGCGGAUGUUAAUUUCACCACCGUGCAUUCCAAGGCGGAUCUAUCAAAGGUCGGGAAGGGGGCGAAUGGCGACUUCCAUCCAUCGGAGCUUUCGGGAAUAGUUAACACCGACGAGAUCAACAAGAUUACAGUUGGCAGCUGGCUUGCUAAAGCACAAGGAAGAAAGUCAACAUUGACAUUUUGUGUCGAUCUUGCUCAUGUGGAAGGGUUGACAAAUGCGUUUCGAAAGCAGGGCAUCGAUGCUCGCUUCAUCACUGGCGAGACCCCAAAGCUCGAGCGAAGCGUACGACUAGACUCCUUCAAAAAGGGCGAGUUUCCGGUCCUUGUGAAUUGUGGAGUAUUUACCGAGGGAACCGACAUACCAAAUAUCGACUGCGUCCUACUAGCACGUCCCACAAGAUCACGAAAUCUCCUUGUCCAAAUGAUCGGCCGAGGGAUGAGGCUGCAUCCCGGGAAGAAAAACUGUCAUAUCAUAGAUAUGGUUGCGAGUUUGGCAGGUGGAAUAGUAACGACCCCUACUCUCUUUGGCCUUGAUCCGUCCGAGCUCGUCGAGGGGGUGAGCCCUAGUGAUAUGAUGCGCCGUAAAGAGAGGAAGGAAAGAGAAAGCGUAGAUGAUGGGAAUUACGACACGGCAGCUUCAUCAAAGCCUCUCACAGACAGGGUAGUCUUCACUGAUUAUGACUCUGUAUUUGACUUGAUCAAGGACACAUCUGGAGAGAAAUACAUCAGGGCUGUGUCACCGCAUGGAUGGGUCUGUGUUGGCCCUGACCGAUAUAUCCUAUCGCACUCGAACGGCUCGUUCUUGAACCUAGAUAAGCUUAGUGACAGCGACGACGACUCCAGCGAUGAUCAAUACGUCGUCCACGAAACACUAAGCCUCAAACUUACCGAUGCGGAGGUUCCUUUUGGGAAACCCCGCCAGAUCGCUAGUGCAGCUACGUUCAUCGCUGCGCUUCAUGCCGCAGAUACCUAUGCAUCGCAGAAAUACCCCUAUACUAUUAUUUCAAAGAUGCAGCCUUGGCGUAAUAAGCCAGCGACAGAAGGACAACUUAACUUUUUGAACAAACUAAGACUUAAAACAGAUCAAUUGACUGCUGACUCGCUCACUAAGGGGCAGGCUGUCGAUAUGAUCACAAAGAUUAAGCAUGGUGCUCGUGGGAGAUUCGCAACCAUGCAAGCGAAGAGGCGGAAACAGAAUCGUGUGAGGCUAAAAUUAGAGCAGGAACAGGAGCUAAAGGAAAGGGAAAAGGUUAGCGUUGGGCCUCUUCUAGCUGAAUAA